UCCCGCGUAAAGCUGGCGCAGCGAUAAAAAAUUUAGCCGUCAGUGUGGAAAAAGUUAGCGUUGGCUUCAGCCACAACCCUAAUUCCCAUCGAAGCCAGCGGCGGGAAGAAGAUCAGCACACCUUCUCUGACUAGCAAUGGAGCCGAGCGUGGCGUUCGCCGCCGACAGCCCGCCGUUGUCCGUCAUCGCCGCUGCGAGAGUCGCCGGCGUCGCUCUCUCGACGGACCCCUCCCUCCCUUCCGGCUCCGACCCCGUCCUCCGCCUCGCGUCCGGAGAGACCUUGCAGGGUACUAACUCUCUCCUGCGCUAUAUUGGGCAAUUUGCAGCUCUUCCUAAUUUCUUUGGGCAGGAUGCAUUUGAAGAAGAGCAGAUUAAUAAAUGGCUCAAGUUUUCUUCAACCUUUCUAUCAGGCUCUGAAUUUGAGAAUGCUUGUGCGCAUGUUGAUGGACAUCUAACUUUCCGAACCUUGUUGGUCGGUUUUAAUUUGUCCAUUGCUGACAUUGCAAUAUGGUCUGCUCUUGCAGGCACUGGGCAGAGGUGGGAAAGCCUUAGAAAAUCUAAAAGGUAUCAAAAUUUAGUUCGUUGGUUCAAUUCCAUAUUAACAGAACAUGGAGAUGCUCUGAAUGAAGUCACUGCUGCAUAUGUUGGGAAAAGAGGAUUAGGUAAGUUUCCUGUAGGUAACACUAAGGGAAUAGUAAGCAGUGGCAGUUCCAAAGAAACAAAUGUGCGGUCUCUGCCAAAGGAAACUGCUGGUGGCUUUGAAGUAGAUCUUCCUGGUGCAAAAGUUGGGGAUGUGUGCUUGCGGUUUGCCCCAGAGCCUAGUGGGUAUCUCCACAUUGGGCACUCAAAGGCAGCUCUGCUGAACAAGUACUUUGCUGAGAGAUACCAAGGACGGCUAAUAAUUCGCUUUGAUGACACAAACCCAUCAAAAGAAAGUAAUGAGUUUGUUGAUAAUGUGCUGAAAGACAUUGAGACAAUGGGCAUCAAGUCUGAAAAGGUUACUUACACAUCAGAUUACUUUGAGGAUUUGAUGAAAAUGGCUGAAAAGUUGAUAUUGGAAGGAAAAGCUUAUGUUGAUGAUACACCAAGGGAGCAGAUGCAAAAGGAGAGGAUGGAUGGGAUUGAGUCAAGAUGUCGGAACAACUCUGUUGAUGUGAAUCUUGCGUUGUGGAAAGAGAUGAUUGCCGGGUCUGAGAGAGGUCUGCAAUGUUGUGUAAGGGGUAAGCUGGACAUGCAGGAUCCUAAUAAGUCCCUUCGAGAUCCUGUUUAUUAUCGCUGCAACCUGGUUUCUCACCACCGUAUCGGGUCUAAGUAUAAGGUCUAUCCGACAUAUGACUUUGCUUGUCCAUAUGUUGAUUCUAUUGAGGGCAUUACCCAUGCUCUUCGAUCAAGUGAAUAUCAUGAUCGCAAUGCACAGUAUUACCGUAUUCUUGAGGAUAUGGGCCUGCGAAAUGUCCAAAUAUAUGAGUUUAGCCGAUUGAAUAUGGUAUAUACACUUCUUAGCAAGAGAAAACUUCUUUGGUUUGUCCAAAAUGGUAAAGUCGAUGGAUGGGAUGAUCCUCGCUUCCCAACCAUCCAGGGCAUUGUACGUAGAGGCUUGAAGGUUGAGGCACUAGUACAAUUCAUUCUUCAACAGGGUGCUUCUAAGAACCUGAACCUAAUGGAAUGGGACAAAUUGUGGACCAUCAAUAAGAAGAUAAUUGAUCCCAUAUGUCCAAGGCAUACAGCUGUCCUUGAGGAACGACGUGUAAUAUUAAUCCUUGAAAAUGGGCCCGAGAAGCCCUUUGUUAGGAUUGUGCCUAGGCAUAAGAAAUAUGAACCUGCUGGCCAAAAGGCUACAACGUAUACAAAGAGAAUAUGGUUAGACUAUGCUGAUGCUUCAUCAAUUACAGAGGGUGAAGAGGUCACGUUAAUGGACUGGGGAAAUGCUAUUGUAAAAGAAAUCAAGAAAGAAGAUGGAAUUAUAACCCAAUUGGUUGGUGUUCUCCAUCCUGAAGGUUCUGUUAAAGCAACAAAAUUGAAGCUUACAUGGCUUCCUGAAAUUGAGGAGUUGGUUCAUCUUGCACUGGUUGAAUUUGACUACCUAAUAAAGAAGAAGAAGCUUGAAGAAGGGGAAGACUUUCUUGAUAACUUAAAUCCUUGCACAAGAUGGGAAAUCCCAGCCCUGGGUGAUGCCAACAUGCGGAACCUGAAACAGGGUGAGGUAAUACAGCUUGAAAGGAAAGGCUACUACAGAUGCGACGUGCCAUUCUUAAGGCCUUCUAAGCCGAUUGUGCUGUUUGCGAUCCCAGAUGGAAGGCAGCAGACAUCCUAAACUCAGCCACCGAAGCAGCUAUUGGUCCAAUUUAUGCCCGUGUUUGAAUUUGGAUCAGUAUUUUUGUUUAUGGUUCGUUUGGACAUCAGGAACGAGACUUCCUCUCCUUUACAUCCCAUUUUGGGCUUAUCCAAUGCAAAAGUUGAUGACUGAAACAAUCCUUAAGAUCUUUGAAAAUCCAUACUUACACAA